CUCGGUACUAAAGACGCGUGUGCUACCUUAUCUGCAUCUUACCCUCUACCAACCUCUUGUCUCCAUAUAAACUAUAAUACCCUGCCUUUACGACAUUAACGAUUAACGAACUUGUCUUUUUACCUGUCUGUCGCUAAUUGAUUCUUCCCAUCUUGUCUAUCCGCCUUGAUUCUUAUAUUUGAAACUAUUUAUCGCAAUGACAGUCGACACUACAGAGCGUCUCGCGAAGCUACGCGAGCUCAUGAAAGAGAGGAAUUAUAGCUAUUACAUUGUCCCAUCUGAAGACGCUCAUCACUCAGAAUACACCUGUGAUGCUGACGCUCGUCGCGCCUUCAUCAGUGGCUUUGAUGGUUCAGCCGGUAUCGCAGUCAUUGGAAUGAAUAGCGCAGCUAUGUUUACUGAUGGUCGUUACUUCAAUCAAGCUGGUCAACAGUUGGAUCACAAUUGGACGCUUAUGAAAGUUGGUCUUCCUGGUGUUCCAACAUGGAAGAAUUAUUGCCUGAAACAAGCUGAGCCGAAGUCCGUUAUUGGAAUUGAUUCAAGUUUAAUUACUUUUGCUGAAGCUUCUUCGUUUCGUGUUGCGUUAAAAGCGAAAGACAUCACUCUUCGCGGUGAUCACGACAACCUUGUCGAUAAGGUCUGGGGAUCUGAGCGUCCUGCUCUUCCAAACGGAAAGAUGUUGGUCCUGGGAACAGAAUUUGCAGGCGCCUGCGUUUCGGCUAAGCUUGAUGACGUUCGAAAGGCUUUGGAAAAAAACUCGCUCGAUGCAUUUGCUGUAACCAUGCUCGAUGAGAUUGCGUGGGUGUUUAACGUGCGUGGUUCCGAUGUUGCUUAUAAUCCCGUCUUUUUUGCUUAUGCUCUAAUUUCGAAGGAAAGUGCAGUUUUGUAUUUGGAUGAGCAAAAAUUAACGGAUGAGGUUCGCAAACAUCUGGAAAAGUAUGUGAGCAUCAAGCCCUAUUACGCAAUUUUUGAAGACGCAAAGACGAUUUCCUUCUCCAAGGUUGGAGUGUCCGAUCAAGCCUCCUGGUGUGUCGCAACAGCUUUUGGCGAAAACAAAAUUACCACUAUUCAAAGUCCCAUUGCCAUUGCAAAAGGUGUGAAAAACGAUGUGGAGUUGCACGGUAUGCAACGCUGCCAUGUGCGAGACGGUGCCGCCCUUGUUGAGUACUUUGCCUGGCUUGACGAUUAUCUUGCUGCCGGUAACGAAAUCAACGAGUUUGAUGCCGCUACCAAGCUCGAGGGAUUCAGAAGUAAACAGGAACAUUUCAUGGGUCUUUCUUUUGAAACCAUUAGUUCUUCUGGACCCAAUGGAGCCAUUAUCCAUUAUUCACCGCCUUCUGUUGGAAGCGCUAAGCUUGACCCAAAGAAGAUGUAUCUUUGCGACUCUGGUGGACAGUAUUUGGAUGGAACUACGGAUGUCACCCGUACCUGGCAUUUCACAGAGCCCACGGCGUUCGAAAAGCGUGCUGCCACUCUGGUUUUGAAGGGACAGAUCGAUGUUGUUACUUCUGUAUUUCCGAAGGGAACUACUGGACUGCAGCUCGACGUGUUGGCUAGACAACAUUUAUGGAAGUGUGGUUUGGACUACCUUCACGGCACAGGACAUGGCGUCGGCCAUUUCUUGAAUGUUCAUGAAUUGCCUGUUGGUAUUGGCAACCGCAGUGUUUUCAACCUUCCCCUUAAGCCAGGCAUGGUGACCAGUAAUGAACCUGGUUUCUACAAAGAUGGAAGCUUUGGCUUUCGAGUCGAGAAUUGCGUUUUCGUUAAGGAGGUUGAAACCGAGUUCCACUUUGCAGGUCGUGAGUAUUAUGGCUUCAAGGACUUAACCAUGGCACCCCACUGUCGCAAGCUAAUCGACACCUCCUUGUUGUCCGAUGAGGAACGAUACUAUAUUGACCAGUACCAUGCCACCGUUCGCAAGACGCUUUCUCCGUUAUUGUCGGAGAGGGCUAAGAAAUGGUUGGAAACUGCCACGGAGCCGUUAUAAAUAAACCAUGAAGUAUGAGUAAUAAUGAAAAGUGCUAAUGAAAGUCUAACACAUACUCUUGCGAUGAAG